CCUUCGAGAUACCAAAGCUUCCUACAUAAAGCACUCCAAUUACUAAUCUGUUCUCCAUCUUCUUCUUUUUUGAAAGAGAAAUAGUUCUUUCGUUGCAUUUCUGGAAUUGAUCAAUAGAGAUAACAGAUUUCACAUCGGAGUUUUCUCGUUCUUUUGAUUCAGCAUUCAAGAAAAUGCCUAGCAGAUCAUCAGGAGUGAUCAGCCAGGACUGGGAGCCCGUGGUGCUGCGCAAGUCAAAACCCAAGGCCCAAGACCUGCGCGAUCGCAAGGCGGUGAACCAAGCCUUCCGCUCAGGUGUGCCGGUCCAGACUAUCAAGAAGUUCGACGCUUGCUCCAACAAAAAAGCAGCCCCUGUGGUGAACGCGAGGAAGUUGGAAGAGGAGACAGAGCCAGCGGCGUUGGAAAAGGUUUCGGCGGAGGUAAGGCAAGCGAUUCAAAAGGCGCGGCUGGAGAAGAAGAUGAGCCAAUCGGAGCUUGCUAAGUUGAUCAACGAGCAGCCAAAGGUGGUCCAGGAGUAUGAGAAUGGCAAGGCGGUUCCUAACCAGGCCGUUUUGGCGAAGAUGGAGAAAGUGCUCGGCGUCAAGCUCAGGGGAAAGAUCGGGAGGUAACGUUCCCGUAACGGUAGUCUAACGGGCCUGUACUUGGGGGUGUUGUUUCAUCUGAAAAUAUGCGUUGUCCUGUCGUGGUUUAAUUUCUGUUUGAAUUUAAGUAGAAUAUGUUGAAAGUAUGUAUACUGAAAUGUCAUAUGCUUGGUUAAAUCAAUGGGAAAUGUUAGCGUCAGCGAUGGAUUAGAUCA